AUGAAUUUCAUUCUCCCGGGUGCCAACGUGAAAAUUCUGGCCCGCACGGUGAACUGCUUCUCAAAAAUAGGCACUGAAUUGUUCUUCGAGGCCACCCCGAGUGGGCUUGAUUUGAAGACGAUCAACCCGACUAACACCGCGUACGCGAUUGCACAGUUCAAGUCCGAUUUCUUCAUUAGUUUCCAGCAAGGUGCUCAAGAUACGCCCGACGAGAACUGCUGCAAGAUAUCGGUGAAGCCAAUUCUGAAGAUAUUCAAAAACCUUGCAACGAUUCAAACUUGCAAAAUUUGGCUCGACAUUACCCAGUCCAAGAUCAUAUUUCAAUUUCGAUGUAAAUCCGACGUGUUAAAAACGCACAAAAUAUACCUGCUCGAGAGCGAACACGUAAACUCGCUUAACCUACCGGACACGAUGCCUAGUGAGAUCGUGGGAAACCAUAAGGUGUUCACCAACAUUCUAAUGCACCUGUACACCUCCGUGGAUGAAAUCACGUUCGAUCUGAAGGAGGACAACACGAUCGUGUCCAACUACGUCGAUAACGAGGAAUCCGAUCGUUCGACGUUGCGAUCAACACUUGCGAUUAACCCAUCUGCCUUCCAACUGUAUCAACUGUCGAGCAACGCUAACCUAACGUUCUGCUUUAAGGAAUUCAAAGCAAUAACGAUGUUGGCGGCCUUGUGCAGGUUGAAUAUUCAAAUGAACUUUUCCGCCCCCGGUUCGCCGAUAAUGCUACAAAUGACCAAAGGAGAAACGGUACACAUGAAGUUCAUAAUGGGGACGAUGCAACCUUCAGCACAAUUGAGCGGACGACGAGCGCACCGCAGAAAGCAAGCCGAGCUUAAUACGUCCCAUCGUUCCAUUGUGAUGGACAGCGAAGGAAUCAACACGUGCCUUACCGACGACAUCACGUGUAACGCUAACAUGGAAACGUCCCAAACGCAUGGACAGCCUCGCUUGCGGAAACCCUCUCGUGAUGCCACAAACAGAAGCUUACGAGCCAUAGAGAACGAAUCCGACCUCGGUGCAGCUCGAUCCGUGCGUGUCGAACGCCAAAGGGAAGCAGAUUCCGUGCACGAUCUACGACAACCGUGCAUAGCGCCUUCAAACAUCGAACCCGAAUCGGAAGUCAUGUUCGUCGAGCAUAAUGUUGAACCAAAUCCUUUCCUGUCGGGGUUAAACAUCCGCAAUCCCAGCGUUAAUCGACUUGACUCGUUACCGUCGCUGUCGGUAGAUUCCGUGACAGUAAACAGCCGUCGACGAUCGCAAACGGGCGAUGCAUCAAUGCUUUCGCGGAAGCGUCCUCAACCUGCGAGUCCCCCGAGCGAACUAAACCAGCCCCCGCAAACAGGCGACACUAUCCCCGAGUCACCGGACGUGAUUGAGGAACGGCAGCGCAAACAGGCAAAGUUGCGGCACAUCUUUCGCCGGUGUUUCGAACCGACGUUUCAUCCGGCCAUGCAACCCGGCUGCAGCCAAAUAUUUGCCCCCAACUCCGACACCGAAGAUGAUUGGUGAGCGACGCAGGCCGUUAGCUUAACGUGUUAGUGCUCUCGGCAAACCAGAGGCUCCCAGAUG